GUCCAUCUGUGAAAUUUCCUUGCUACUAAAUAUUCCACGGUCAACUGUUAGUGGUAUUAUAACAAAGUGGAAGCAACUGGGAACAACGGCAACUCAGCCAUGAAGUGGUAGGUCACACAAAAUGACAGAGUGGGGUAAGAGCAUGCCGAAACGCACAGUGCACAGAAGUCGCCAACUGUCUGCAGAGUCAAUAGUCAAACUUCAUGUGGCCUUCAGAGAGCUUCAUGGAAUGGGUUUCCAUGGCCGAGCAGCUACAUCCAAGCCUUACAUCACCACAUGCAAUGCAAAGCAUUGGAUGCAGUGGUGUAAAGCACGCCGCAACUGGACU